AUGAAAGAACCGUUCAAAUUCUUCCGCCCAUGGGAGGAUGUUACACCCUCGUCGCGGUUGUGUACUCCAGUAAUGGUGUGGCAUUUGGUGCCAGUCGCUCCUUGUUCCUAUGUGUUACCGGAAAACUUCUUCAGUCCAUCUGAGCUCUUACCAAGCUCAUCUGGUUCGUCAACAGAUUCCCUACAGACGACAUCGCCAAUGAAACGACAAUGUGUUCGAUGCAAAUGUGCAUUUUGUCGCAUGAGGAAAGCUGGAGAACUGCAAACUGAUAAACCAGUACACGUUUGUGAUGUGCCAAGAUGUGGGAAAACAUAUAGGAAAACAAGCCAUUUGAAGGCUCACAUGAGGUCUCAUAUUGGCUCGCGACCGUUUGAGUGCCAUUGGUUGCAGUGCGGCAAGACGUUCUCACGGUCUGAUCAGCUUCUGCGACAUUUACGUGCACAUACCGGCGAACGAAAACACACUUGUUCGUUCUGUGGAAGAAGCUUCGCUAGGUCUGACCACUUAAAACAACAUCAAUCCAGUCAGCAUAUUUUGGAAUAA